UCCGGUAGCAGCGGCGGACGCGCUCUCCCGGCGGCUGCGAUGGGGGGGGGAGACCUGAACCUGAAGAAGAGCUGGCACCCGCAGACGCUGCGCAAUGUGGAGAAGGUGUGGAAGGCGGAGCAGAAGCAUGAGGCCGAGAGGAAGAAGAUCGAGGAGCUGCAGCGGGAGCUGCAGGAGGAGCGGGCGCGGGAGGAGAUGCAGCGCUACGCCGAGGACAUGGGCACCGUGAGGAAGCGCGAGGAGAAGCUGGAGUGGAUGUACCAGGGCCCCGGGGGAAUGGUGAACAGGGACGAGUACCUGCUGGGCCGGCCCGUGGAUAAAUUCAUCCUGGACAAGGUUGGGGACAGGGACGGUGCCUCGGGGGACUCGGGGCUGCUGCCAGGAUCCAUCUUCGCCAGGGCUGGGGCCAGCUCCGUGCUGGACAUGGCCACCAAAAUCCGCGAGGAUCCGCUCUUCAUGAUCAGGAAGAAGGAGGAGGAAAAGAAAAGAGAAGUUUUGAACAAUCCAGUGAAAAUGAAGAAAAUCAAAGCCUUGCUGCAGAACAGUUUGGAUAAAAAGGAGAGGAAGAGGAAGAAGGAGAAGAAGAAGAAGCACAAGAAGCACCGGCGGCGCAGCUCCAGCAGCGACAGCUCCAGCUCUGAGGAGGAGAAAGGCAGAAAUAAGUCGCAGAAAAGAGUGGAGAAUUCCUCCUGGAAGGCUGCUCCUUCCAAAAUCCCAGGAUACGGCUUACAGGUGAGGGAUCCCGAGCCGAGCCGGCGCUCGCGGAGCUCCCCGUGCCAGGAGCGGCCCCGGCAGCGCUCGCGGAGCUCAUCCCGCUCUCCCCAGAGCCAUUCCAGCAGGAGGAACCCUGCCAGGAGCUCGGGAUCGCCCUGCAGGCACAGCAAACAGCACAGCAGCCGGGAGGAGAAGGGCAGAGCCAGGAGUCCUUCCCCCAAAAAGAGCUUCAGGCGCCAGCAGCCCUCAGGCUACACCAGAAAGAUCUCUCCUGAGGAACUGGAGCGGAAACGGCAGGAAAUGAUGGAAAACGCCAAGUGGAGGGAGGAGGAGAGAGCCAACAACCUCAGGAAGCACCGCAAGGAGGAGGAGCUGGAGCGGGAGCUGGAGAAACUCGACGCCAGGGAUGGGAAAUUCUUCCACCGUUUGAAGCUGGAGAGUGCCUCCACCUCCAGCCUGGAGGAUCGGGUCAAGCGCAACAUCCACUCCCUGCAGAGGACUCCCGCUGCCUUGGAAAAGAACUUUAUGCAGAGGUGAAAGCUCUGUGAGCUCAGUGGACAUUUGUUCCCAGAGGUGAGAGCUCUCCAGGAACGAUGCCAGCUCCCGGAGCCGAGCCCUCGCAGCCUUCAGGACUUGGGGCCAGUUUGGGGCCUCGUGAGCUUUUGUGUUCCACUUGUCCUGCCAGAGCUUCUCCUCCUUCCUCUCCCCACCCCAACCGGGGUCACUUUUGUACCUUAUUCCCAAACCGGGCCGGCUGCUCGCUGCUUCCCCAAGGAAUUCUGGUUUUGUUAAUCCUUAAAAUCCAGAGCAGCACCGAUCCACAGCCGGGCUAAUUCCAUGGGGUUUGGCACCGUUGGCAUCCGCACCUCGCCGUGUGGUGUCUGUGGCUGGCGUCUGGUGGCUCACAGAUUAAUUUCAUUGAUUUUUGACCCAAAAGAAGCCGUUUCUGAGGCAGAAAAAAGGGAAUGAGCAGAGCGUAGCUGGCACAGCAAAUACUUCUCUGGGAUUUUGUAAUGUAAGUAAUGUGUAUAUGUACAGCAGUGUAGAUUUAUUUUGCCUUUUUGAUUAAGAAAUUUCA